AGCGGCGGCGGCAGCCGGCGGCGGGGGCCGGGCGGGCCAUGAAGCUGCGGCGGGGCGCGGUGAGGGUGGCCUUGGGGCUGGCGCUGCUCCUCGGGCCGGCGGGCGCCGUGGAGCCUAUCAGCCUGGGGCUGGCCAUCGCGGGCGCCGCCGCCUCGGCCCUUACCGGCUUCAUCUCCUACCCGCGGCUCUACUGCUACUUCAGGGAGUGCUGCCUCCAACGGCACGACCAGCGCGCCGCCGCCGCUCUGCAGGGGAAUUUGGACAGGAAGCUGUUCGGGCAGCACCUGGUGAACAAGGUGGUUGUGAAGGCCGUGAAGGGCUUCUUGAACAACACCAAUGCCAAAAAGCCUCUCGCCCUUUCCUUGCAUGGGUGGACGGGAACAGGCAAGAACUUUGUCAGUAAGAUAGUCGCAGAAAGCAUUUACAAAAGAGGUCUGCAGAGUAGGUAUGUCCACCAGUUCGUGGCAACUCUACACUUUCCUCACGCCCACAGCAUCAAUCUCUACAAGGACCAGUUGCAGUCAUGGAUUCGGGGAAAUGUGAGCAUUUGUCCCAGAUCACUCUUCAUAUUUGAUGAAAUGGAUAAAAUGCAUGCGGGACUCAUUGACUCCAUCAAGCCAUUCCUGGACUACUAUGAGCUUCUGGAUGGGGUGUCUUACCGACAAGCCAUCUUCAUAUUCCUUAGCAAUGCAGGAGCUGAAAAGAUAACAGAGGUGGCACUAGAUUUCUGGAGAAAUGGGAGGACAAGGGAAGAUAUACAGCUCACAGAUAUCCAAAAUGCACUGUCUGUAUCCGUCUUCAAUAAUAAAAAUAGUGGAUUUUGGCACAGCACCUUGAUUGAUAGAAAUCUCAUUGACUACUUUGUUCCCUUCCUGCCUCUGGAAUACAAGCAUGUGAAAAUGUGUGUCAGGGUUGAGAUUGAAUCACGGGGCUAUGCUGUGGAUGAAGACAUUUUAACCAGAAUAGCUGAUGAGAUGACCUACUUCCCCAGAGAGGAAAGAAUUUAUUCAGAUAAAGGAUGUAAAACUGUGGAUGCAAAGCUGGAUUAUUACUAUGACUUCUAAUGCUUUAUUGCUACAACCUGCAAAGAAGCAAAUUUAACUUAAUCACAAAGUGGAGAACCCAGGACAUUUCAUUUUUAAGCCCUUUUAAAAUGAAGGAACAUUAUUUUUUAACUGGUGUGUAAAUAAGCAGCAGUGCCUCUGCAUUUUUAUUCUGUCGCUAGCCAUGGCUCCCAAGUACUUCAGCCUUGUGUCGGCAAGGUAAGAACAGACUGCGUUGGGAAUGCAGGGGUCUGUGUCUGGCAGUGCUGAAGAAUCCUCUUGGAUUGUGUGUCGAUUGUCAGAACCUUUUGGCGGACUGUUGGCACAUAUAGAAGGACUGAGACUGUGAUGUAAUUUUAAUUGGGUUUUGGUUUGAUGUGGAUGAUCUCUAGACAGUAUUGAGAAUUUUAAUCAAAGUUCCUAUGUCUGUGAAAACCUUCCUUGGGCUUCCGUGGGAAUAUUCUUAUAACUGCAUUGAAAGUGUGAUAUAUGUCUUUUCUUCUUGAACAGCUUGGCUGCAGUAAAGAUACGGAGGGGAUUCUGUGAUUAAACAAAUCCCAUCUUCUAUCCAACAUCACGCAGUACCAUUGUCUUUCUCAAAACAGUGGUAUAAUUUGGUCUCCUGCGUGUCAAACUAGGAGUAUGAAACUCUUUGGUGUGAACAGUGUUCAGAGAGCAGACUUAAUAUUACAAGGAAGUGAGUUAAAAUCCUUGACUACUACAUCAGUGUAGUUGGUUCCUAUUUUUGGUUAUUUUUUUUUAUGUAUGAAGUUGUCCACAGCAUGCUCUCCCAGGAGUGAUCUCAGGAGGAAGAAAAGGGCUUUCUUACUGGUGAGUCAGCUUCCUUCAAAGGGUGUAAUUUAAUAGGAAAUGUUUACAGGUUAAAUUUUACACCAAGGAAAUGAAAAAGUGGUUUCUCCACUUACAGGGCCAGCUUGCAGGGGUUUCCCUUUUUCAUCUUGCAAUACUGUUUGCCUUUGAGGCAGGGAUGAAGACAGAUCCAAAGGCAUUUGAAAAAAAAAUGUGAAAUGUGUCAACUGAAGUUACUGUGAAGAGUGUCAGACUUGUUUCUGAAUGUGAGCACUGCAGAUGCUUUUUUCACUCCAGUUUCUAUUAAAAAUAAACUUUUCUCAUCAAGAAUAUA